AUGGCUGAUCGUCGCUCAAACUCAGAAGACGGUGCGCGGGCUAAGCGUCAAAAGAUGGAGGCCGGAGACCCCAAAGACAACCCUUAUCUGGCCCACAUGUACGAGAGUACUGAUGGCGUGGAUAAGAAUUCGCCUUUCGCUAAGUUCAAGCGUCACCAGACCACUGCUGCUAUGGCCAAGAAAGCAGAGGAUGGUGAAUUCAACCCUUUCACCGGUCAACCAUUCUCUAGCAGAUACCUCUCGAUCCUGAAAGGCCGUCGUGAUCUGCCUGUGCAUCAGCAACGUGAUGAGUUCUUGCAACUUUACCAGCAAUCCCAGAUCCUCGUCUUCGUUGGUGAGACUGGUUCCGGAAAGACCACUCAAAUCCCCCAAUACGUCCUCUUCGAUGACCUUCCCCAGACUCAGCGCAAGAUGGUUGCCUGCACACAACCCCGUCGUGUGGCAGCCAUGUCCGUCGCCCAGCGUGUCGCAGCCGAAAUGGACGUCAAGCUUGGUGAAGAGGUUGGAUACUCCAUUCGUUUCGAGGAUAUGACCGGCCCCAAGACCAUCAUGAAGUACAUGACCGAUGGUAUGCUUUUGCGCGAGGCUAUGAACGAUCACAACCUGUCACGAUACAGCACAAUCAUUCUUGACGAGGCUCACGAGCGGACUAUGGCGACCGAUAUUUUGAUGGGUCUAUUGAAGGAGGUGGUGGGACGCCGCCCGGAUCUGAAGAUUAUUAUCAUGUCUGCCACUCUGGAUGCGCAAAAGUUCCAGCGUUAUUUCAUGGAUGCGCCUCUUCUGGCCGUUCCUGGACGAACCCACCCCGUUGAAGUAUUCUACACCCCUGAACCAGAGCAAGAUUACGUCGAGGCUGCUAUUCGGACAGUCUUGCAGAUUCACGCAACUGAACCCGAGGGAGAUAUUCUGGUCUUCUUGACUGGUGAGGAGGAGAUCGAAGACGCUUGUCGCAAAAUCUCUCUUGAGGCCGAUGAGAUGGUUCGAGAGGCCGAUGCUGGUCCUCUUAAAACAUACCCACUAUACGGUAGUUUGCCUCCUCACAUGCAACAGCGUAUCUUCGAACCUGCCCCGGCUGCUCGGCGCGCCGGCGGCCGGCCUGGUCGAAAGGUUAUCAUUUCCACUAAUAUUGCGGAAACAUCAUUGACCAUCGAUGGUAUCGUUUACGUGGUCGAUCCUGGUUUCUCCAAGCAGAAGAUUUACAACCCCCGUAUUCGUGUCGAGUCUCUCUUGGUCUCUCCAAUCUCCAAGGCAUCGGCGCAGCAGAGAGCUGGUCGUGCCGGUCGUACUCGCCCUGGAAAAUGUUUCCGUCUCUACACAGAGGAGGCUUUCAAGAAGGAAUUGAUUGAGUCAACUUACCCUGAGAUUCUUCGAUCCAACUUAUCAUCUACUGUCUUGGAGUUGAAGAAGCUUGGAGUUGACGAUCUUGUCCACUUCGAUCUUAUGGACCCACCUGCCCCGGAGACCCUGAUGAGAGCACUUGAGGAGCUCAACUACCUGGCCUGUCUUGAUGAUGAUGGUGAACUCACUCAGCUUGGCCGCCUGGCCUCAAAUUUCCCCCUCGAUCCCGCGCUCGCAGUCAUGUUGAUCAGCUCCCCCGAGUUCUACUGCUCUAACGAGAUGCUGUCCAUCGUUUCCUUGCUUUCAUGUCCUCAGGUGUUCGUUCGUCCUGCCGCUCAGCGAAAGCGCGCCGAUGAAAUGAAGGAUCUCUUUGCCCACCCCGACGGCGACCAUCUGACUAUGCUGAACGUUUACCACGCAUUCAAGGGUGCCGAUGCUCAAGCAAAUCUUAAGCAGUGGUGCCACGAUCAUUUCCUUUCCCUGCGAUCCCUUCAAUCUGCCGACAAUGUCCGCAAGCAGCUUCUCCGCAUUAUGGAGCGCGAGGAGCUUGAGAUGGUCUCCACCCCCUUCGACGACAAGAAGUACUACGAGAAUAUCCGCCGUGCUCUCUGUGCUGGUUUCUUCAUGCAGAUUGCUAAGAAGGAGCCCCAGGGCAAGAACGUUUACGCAACCAUCAAGGACAACCAAAAUGUUCUUCUGCACCCAUCUACCGUGUUGGCUCACGACGCGGAAUGGGUCCUUUACCACGAAUUCGUUUUGACAACCAAGAACUAUAUCCGUACCGUCACGGCUGUGAAGCCCGAAUGGUUGUUGGAUAUUGCGCCCACAUAUUACGAUGUCUCUUCCUUCCCCAAGGGUGAGAUCCGCACUGCUCUCAUGCGUGCUGCCGACCGACUUUCUCGCAAGGAGAAGAUGCGUACCGAAAAGCGCUAA